AUGAAUCAAACGGACUCCACUAAAUUUACAAGAAAAAGAGUGGUACAGAUUGAUCCUUUAGCUGUAACUGAAUCCUUGGGUUUUCAAACAUUUAGAAAAGGGGCACGUAAACCUUGGACAAAAGAAGAAGAUAUCGAAUUAGCUAAAAUUAUACAAUUAGAAUUAAACAACAAUAAUGAUAUAGAUUCUAUUGAUUGGGAAAAAAUCUCAGACUUAGUGUCACCGGAUGGUACAAGAAAGAGUAAAGAUUGUCGUAAAAGAUGGAGUAAUUCAUUAGACCCUUCAUUACGUAAAGGUAAAUGGACAAGUGAAGAAGAUGACUUAUUAGUUAAAGCCUUUGAAAAAUUUGGUACAUCUUGGUUGAAAGUAGCUCAAGAGAUUGAAGGACGAACUGAUGAUCAAUGCGCAAAAAGAUAUAUGGAAGUUUUAGAUCCAAGAACUAAAGAUAGAUUAAAACCAUGGACUCAAGAAGAAGAUUUAUUAUUAAUUAAGCAAGUCAAAUUAUAUGGCACAAAGUGGAGAACUGUGUGUAGUGCAUUUGAAAGUAGACCUUCAUUAACGUGCAGAAAUCGUUGGAGAAAAUUAGUAACGGAAGUUGUUAGAGGUAAAGCUGAUCCAAUAAUUAAAAAGGAAGUUGAAAAUGUUACAAAUGGUAAUUCUGCAGAAGUUUUGGAAAAUCUAAGUCGUCAACAAGAAGAAUUAUCAAAGUCUUACGAUGAACCUGAAUUUAAAAGAAAAUUAAAAAGAAGAAAAAUAGAUACAAAUACUGGUUCAAAAACAGAAAUGGAAUGGUUUUAUCAGUUAAAUUCAAAAUCUAAUGAUGGAGAAAGAGAUCCAAGUAACUCCAAAGUUGGUUCAAUAAAGGAUCAAGAAUCUGUUCAAUAUUUAGUAGAUUAUGCAAAAACUAAUGAUUUGCUGAUUGUAAUUCAUCAACAUGUUCAUCAUCAUUAUUCACUGAAUAAUGAAAGAAAUUCAAGUACACCAGGAAGUGUAGUUGAACCAGAAGAUCAAAUGUCAAGAUUUCAACAUUUCAAUUACUUACCACCAAUGACUCAAGUUCCAAAAUUAAACUCAUCGUCAUCUCCAAAUGUAUUUGCUGAUGCUACUACCACUCAACAUCAUCAUCAUCAUCACCAUCAUCAUCACCAUCAAGAAUCAUCGUCAUCGCCAGAAAAGGUAUUGAUUCAAUCUUCUGAAGAAGCGGCUAAAGGAGAAUCAGAUCUUUUGAAAUUAUUGAAUACAGACGAAAGAAACGAAAGAGAUAUAUCUCCAGAUUCAAAUCCUUUAACUCCAUUAACUCAAGCAGUUGAAUUAGUUACAGCUGCAGAAAACUCCAAAUAUAAUAAUAAUAAACAUAAGUCAAGACAAACUAAUAAUUUUGCAAUGGCUCAUUCACAACUGCAUGAAGAUGAAGAAGAUGAAGAAGGAUUAGAUUUUUGGGAAACUAUGAGAAAUUUAACUGAAGUUCCCUCUCAUCAACAAACUAAAACUCAACAUCAAAAUGAAUCUAGAAAGAGUAUCAAUCAAGGUUACAAGCAAAAUCAAAAUCAAGCUAACACACAACAUAGAUAUAAUCGUCAAAUUCAGCAACAACAACAACAACAACGACAACAGCAGCAACAUCAGCAACAACAACAAAGUCAAUUGCCACAACAUCAACAUUUGAAUCAAUUCGCUGGUCAAGUUAAUCAUCAUCAAUACCAGAAUCAACUUGAAAACAAUCAUCAACGCCAAAACCAAACCCAAAAUCAAAAUCAAAAUCAAAGUCAAAAUCAAUAUGCCAAUCAAAGUAGAACUCAACAACAAAAUUUCAAUCAAUCAAAAGAUAGACCAGUAUCACAGCAUCAUCCUUUACAUUACCAAAGCAGUUUUACUCGAGAAUCAACUCCCAAAAGAACACAACCAGUCCAUUCAAUCCAAAUAGAUGAAGACCUAGACGAGGAAGAUAAAAACCUCGCAAGAGAAAUAGAUGAAUCAGGUUUAGAUCAUGAACUUUUGAAUUCUUAUGGGUUAUUUUACAAUGUAUACACGAAAGAGGGUUCAACUUUUCCCGAUGUUCAACAAAAUCAACAACAACAACUUCAAGAACAGAAUUAUCAACGAAAUGAAAGUAUUUAUGAUCAAUGGGGUAGUGAAUAUAUUAUUCCUUUUAAUCCUUCAUAG